UGCUCCGCCGCACCAUGUCCUGGGCCCCGGUCCUCCUGGGGCUCCUGCUCCACGGCACAGGCUGCAGCCCUCAGCCCGUGCUGAGUCAGCCGCCUUCCGUGACCUCGUUUCUGGGAGCCACCGUCCGCCUGGCCUGCACCCUGCGCGGUGACCACAACAUCGGCCUUCACAACAUCUACUGGUACCAGCAGAGGCCCGGCCACCCCCCGAGAUUCCUGCUGAGAUAUUUCUCCCCCUCCAACAAGAGGCAGGGCCACCAGGUGCCCCCUCGCUUCUCUGGCUCCAAAGACCUGGCCAAGAACACGGGGUAUUUGAGUAUUGCUGAGCUGCAGGCUGAGGACGAGGCUGUCUAUUUCUGCGCUGUGGGGGCCCGGGCUUCCUUACCGUGGUAUGUCUUUGGCAGCGGGACCGAGGUCACCAUCUCAGGUCGGCCCAAGUCUGCACCCUCGGUCACCCUGUUCCCGCCCUCCACGGAGGAGCUCAGCACCAACACGGCCACCCUGGUGUGUCUCAUCAGCGACUUCUACCCGGGCAACGUGACCGUGGCCUGGAAGGCAGACGGCACCCCCGUCACCCGGGGCGUGGUGACCAGCCAGGCCUCCAAACAGAGCAACAGCAAGUACGUGGCCAGCAGCUACCUGACCCUGAUGGGCAGCGAGUGGAACCCAAAAAGCAGUUACAGCUGCGAGGUCACGCACGAGGGGAGCACCGUGACAAAGACAGUGAAGCCCUCCGAGUGUUCUUAG